AUGAAUCCAUUGACGCAGGUAAAGUGGACACAUGCUAUAAACGCCACGGAAUCAGAUCUAGGUAUCUCCGAAGAGGCUUCGUGGCACUCCAGGUACAAAAACUCUGCGUAUAUCUACGCCAAAGGCUUAGCUUUCGAUCUCACCGAGGGUGAUCUCCUCGCAGUUUUCGCACAAUAUGGUGAAGUCGUUGACGUCAACCUUAUCCGAGACAAGGGCACAGGAAAAUCAAAGGGUUUAGCUUUUCUUGCCUAUGAAGACCAAAGAAGUACCAUUCUCGCUGUUGAUAAUCUGAAUGGAGCUCAGGUGUUGGGGAGGACCGUCAAGGUGGACCACUGUAGGGAAUACAAGAAGCAUGAAGAGGAAGAUGAAGAGGACAGAGAGGCACGUGGUGUAUGCAGAGCUUUUCAGAGAGGAGAGUGUACUCGUGGUGGUUCUUGUAAAUUUUCCCACGACGAGAAAAGAGCUGCAAAUACUGGUUGGGGUCAAUGA